AACCCUCUGAUUUGUCCGCUCGCCGCUAGUGACGACACUUCAACGUGUUUCGCUUGUUUUGAAAUGGGAAGUUUGCAGCGCUUCAGUGCAGCCGAGCGUCCGCUAAAGACAAACAAACUGUUGCCUGACGUCCGCGCAUGAAGACACGGCGGGAAAUUGCCUUUUCCAGUAUUUCCAGCUGGGUUUGACAGUUCUGCGUGGGAGGGAUAUGGAUGUUAUUCCCAUGUGCAGUAUAUUCCAGGAGCUACAGAGUGUCCUUGACACGGGAUACCUGUCCGCACUACCAUCUCUGGAGGAGUACUGGCAACAGACUUGUCUUGAGCUUGAGCGCUAUCUGCAGAACGAGCCCUACGUCUCUGCAGCUGAUCUGAAAUCAGUGUGCGAGUGUGACGAUCUGUGGAACCAGUUUCUGCAGUGCUGUGGGACUGGAGCGAGCUCGUCUCCAACAGACGCUUCCAUCCCCAGGCAGGACGGGAUGUCUACUUCUUCCCAUUCAUCAAUCGGCAGCUGUGAGAAGAUCAUUCCCUCUCCUGAUGUGCUCUCACACCCACUGGGUCACAGCGGAUCCGAGCAGCAGCAUGUCACCACACACAUGCCACCGACGCCGCCCUCCUCACCGUCACUCGCUCCUAUGGAGGUUAAAGAAGAGGCAGAGGAGGCGAGAGGGGAAGAGGUCAAAGGUGAGGCGUCACCCGAAGGACGAAGGAGAGCUCAUCGAUGUUACUUCAACGGUUGCAGGAAGGUGUACACCAAGAGCUCUCACCUGAAAGCACAUCAACGCACGCACACCGGUGAGAAGCCAUACAGGUGUUCAUGGGAUGGCUGCGAGUGGCGCUUUGCUCGAAGUGAUGAACUGACAAGGCACUUCAGAAAACACACCGGAGCGAAACCCUUCAAAUGCAGCCACUGCGACAGGUGUUUCUCUCGUUCUGAUCAUCUGGCCCUUCACAUGAAGCGACACAUCUGAAUGAGAGGAGUGAGGGACAGAUACACUGGUACAGCACAAGAAUGAACAGAAUGUGUGUAAAAAUGCCAAAGACCAGCACAGCUGGUUUUCUAUGUAUUCACUGAGUGUCAGUGUUGCACCUUCUUGCCAAUUAUAUGUUUUCAGCAAAAGGGCAAUAGAUUUUGUUCCCAUGCUGGUGACAUUUGACUUGUUGAUUCAAGUUAUAGCAUAGCUAUGAAUGCAUUGACAAUGCAGAAAGUCUGGUGCUAAAUACAUGUUAACAUAUUUGCAGGCUUUACUAACUGUAGUGUAUUAAUUUCACUCUGCCUUAAAAAUAAAAUCAUGGUCCGCACAGAAAAAAAAUUCUGUUUGACAUAUUUUAUCAUAUUUAAAUCCAUAUAUUACCAUAUUAAAAUCUGUGCCUGCUUUUCCAUUCUGUACUGAAAAUGAUCCACACCACAAAAACUAGUUUGUAUUUUGUAGAAAUUAUAUAUAAAGAAACUGCACCAAAGGUGUUAGAAUAUAUAUAAGAUAAAGUUUUAUUUUUAAGUAACACUUUGCAUUAACACACUGAAAGCUCUCUGCUUUAUUGCGCAGCUGAAAUGUUUUUAUCCAGAGCAGCUAUGUAUGUGUCCAUGUAGGUUAUAAGAAUACAUUUUGAAGAGUAAUAAAAGUGUUUUUUGCUGGCUAUAGUUUGCAAAUGAUCUGCUUUAACCAGCAGUUAUAGGUUCAUUAAUUGUGUUGAUAUUACCGGUAAUAAAACCUUUUAACCACCAAAGCAACAAAAUUGUUAAGAUUUUCGUAUUAGUGCCUUAAAAUCAUCCUCUUGAUCUUUGGACAAUUAAUAGAAGAAUUACUUUGGCCAAUUAAAGUUAAAUUUUAGCCUAGAUCCGUUGGAUGAAACUGGAAAAUCGAUGAAAACUAUAUUUUGUGUCAUAAAGACUGAAAUGUCUGAAUUGUGUUAUUAAAUGAUUGUUACAUAAAGAGAGGAACUGGAUUUGCUA